GCAACGUAGCUGUAUGCAGAAAUAAUUUCAAGGGAAGAUAAUAAUAAAAAAACAAAACAAAAAAAAUAAAUAAGAAAAAAAAAGUUAUGAGUAUAUUUCUUUGCCGGUCUUGUGAACGGAAGAAAUGUCUACCCUUAAUAUCAAUUUAGGAGUUUUAGGUCAUGUUGACAGUGGGAAGACUACUUUGGUGAAAGCUUUGAGUUCGAUUGCAAGCACAGCAUGUUUCGAUAAAAAUCCUCAAUCAAAAGAAAGAGGAAUCACACUUGAUUUAGGUUUCAGUUCGUUUUCUGUUGAUUUACCUGAUCAUGUCAAAUGUGAUAUUUCAUCACUCUACACCAAACUUCAAUUUACCCUUGUUGACUGCCCAGGACAUGCAUCUCUCAUCAAAACAAUUAUAGGAGGUGCCCAAAUUAUCGAUUUGAUGUUAUUAGUAAUUGAUAUUACAAAGGGAAUGCAAACACAAACAGCUGAGUGCCUUGUUAUAGGAGAAAUCACAUGUAAUCAAAUGAUAGUUGUUCUGAACAAAAUUGAUUUGAUUCCCAAUGAAAAACGCCAGCUUACAAUAGAAAAGAUGACUAAAAAAAUUCAACUGACUCUAAAGAAUACUAAAUUCCAUAGUUGUACCAUUGUUGCUGUUUCAGCGUGUUCCGAUACUUCAGAAUUGGCAUCUAAUGGGAUAUCUAAUCUCAUUGAAAUUCUUAAACAGUUGGUGUUCAUUCCAAAACGUGAUACAUCUGGUAGUUUCUUAUUUUCAGUUGACCAUUGCUUUCCUAUAAAAGGGCAAGGAACUGUGAUGACUGGAACAGUUCUUCAAGGAAAAAUAUCGAUCAAUGAUGCUAUCGAAAUACCAAUGCUAAAGUUAACGCGGAAAGUCAAAUCUAUGCAAAUGUUUCAUCAAGGUGUAGAAAGCGCAUUUCAAGGCGAUCGAUUGGGCAUAUGUGUUACACAGUUUGAUCCCAAACUAUUGGAAAGAGGAAUGGCAUGCUCACCUGGAUCCUUGCCGAUGGCUUACGGGUUGAUAGUGAAUGUGGAUAAAGUUGUUUACUACAAACAAACCAUUAAAAACAAGACAAAGUAUCAUAUUACUUUGGGGCACGAGACUGUAAUGGCUCGAAUACAUUUAUUCCAAUCGGCCGUUCCAGAGCUGAAUUUUGACAUCGAUUACAAAUAUUGUGAUGAAAUUGCAGAGAAAACAGGGGAUUUUUUCUUUGCUGUUUUAGAAUUUGACCAUCCGGUCCCUGUGGUUCCCAGAGGCUUGAUAAUAGGUUCUAAGUUUGACACUGAUAUCCACAGUAAUACAUGUCGCAUUGCCUUUAAAGGAAAUGUUCUUUUCGUGUUUGGGGACGAAAAUUACAGAGGAGAUCUUGUACGGUUGAAAGUUUAUAAAACAAAAGUCAGAGAAGGUGUCGUUGAACGGAUGACUUCGUCGUGCGAAGUUAUUGGAAAGAACUUAGUUAAAAAAGAAACUAAUGUUCAGCCGUUCAUUAACCUAAAGGUUACUUUGUCAACUGGGGAAAUAGGAAUAAUUGAAGGAUCAUUUGGUCAGAGUGGCAAAAUCAAAAUUCGUUUCAUGGAUGGUUUAAAAGACAACACACAACUACUUUUAGCUGCCCUCAACAAGAAAAAGAAACCGCAGGAAUCGUCGGCAUCUGAUGAAAAAAAUGUGCAAGUAAAAAUAUUUCUUUCGUUUAAACGAUAUAUAUACGAUCCUCACAAAAAGAUGAUUCAGACAUAAACAGUAAAAUCGUGCAAAUGGAAAAAUACAAAAUUGAAAUUUA